AUAAUCGCAAUGGGCAGCACCGACUCAAAACUGAAUUUCAGGAAGGCAGUGAUCCAGCUGACGACCAAAACACAGCCAGUGGAGGCCACAGACGAUGCUUUCUGGGAUCAGUUCUGGGCAGACACCACCACCACGGUCCAGGAUGUUUUUGCACUGGUGCCAGCUGCAGAGAUAAGAGCUGUUCGAGAGGAGUCCCCUUCUAAUUUAGCAACUCUGUGUUAUAAGGCUGUGGAAAAGCUGGUGCAGGGGGCAGAGUCUGGCUGUCCCUCUGAGAGAGAGAAACAGGUCAUCCUGAACUGCACUCGCAUCCUCACCCGCAUCCUUCCCUAUAUCUUCGAGGACCAGGACUGGAGAGGAUUCUUCUGGUCUACGGUGCCUGGUGCUGGCCGUGCUGGGACAGAUGAGCUGGAUGAUGAUGAUGGAGCUCGACCACUGGCCGAGUCACUGCUCCUGGCCAUUGCCGACCUCCUCUUCUGCCCUGACUUCACCGUGCAUAGUCAUAGGAGAGGCCCUGACUCCAUAGAAAACAUGCAGUCUAUAGACAGCUGUGAAUACAUCUGGGAGUCAGGGGUGGGUUUCGCACAAUCCCCCCCUCUGAACUACAUCCAUGAUCUGAAUAGGACAGAGCUGCUGAGAUUAUUACUAACCUGCUUCUCUGAGGCCAUGUACCUGCCUCCUUCAUCAGACAACACUGUCCUCAACCCAUGGGUGACGUUCUUCUGCUCCACAGAAAACAGACAUGCUCUGCCUCUGUUCACGUCCCUGCUGAAUGUGGUAUGCGCCUAUGAUCCAGUGGGAUACGGUAUCCCGUACAACCACCUGCUCUUUGCUGACUACCGGGAGCAGCUGGUGGAGCAGGCUGUGCAGAUCCUCAUUGUGGCGCUGGAGCACGAUGGAGGGGUUCCCCAUCGUCCUGCCUCUCCAUCCAGCAUGGAGGAACAAGAGUCUGCAGGCCCUGAAAACCUGUUUGUGAAUUAUUUGUCAAGGAUUCACAGGGAGGAGGAUUUUGACUUUGUACUGAAGGGCCUGGCUCGUCUGCUGACCAACCCUUUGACUCAGACAUACCUGCCAAACUCCACCAAGAAGAUCCAGUUCCACCAGGAGCUGCUGGUGCUUUUCUGGAAACUCUGCGACUUUAACAAGAAGUUCCUGUUUUUUGUCCUGAAGAGCAGUGACGUUCUGGAUAUUCUGGUUCCGAUACUUUACUACCUAAAUGAUGCGAGGGCUGACCAGUCACGUGUUGGACUCAUGCACAUUGGUGUGUUCAUUCUACUGCUGCUGAGCGGAGAGAGGAACUUUGGCGUGCGCUUGAACAAGCCCUAUUCCGUCCAUGUGCCCAUGGACAUCCCGGUGUUCACAGGGACUCAUGCUGACCUGCUUAUAGUGGUGUUCCACAAGAUAAUCACUACAGGCCACCAGCGUCUCCAGCCUCUCUUUGACUGCCUCCUCACCAUUGUUGUAAAUGUUUCCCCAUAUUUAAAGAGCCUGUCCAUGGUAGCAGCUAAUAAACUGCUCCACCUGCUGGAAGCCUUCUCCACCUGCUGGUUUCUCUUCUCUUCAGCCCAGAACCAUCACCUUGUUUUUUUCCUUCUCGAGGCUUUCAACAAUAUUAUCCAGUACCAGUUUGACGGAAACUGCAACUUGGUGUACGCCAUCAUCCGCAAACGUAAUGUGUUCCACCAGCUGGCCAACCUGCCCUCUGACCCCGCUUCCAUCCAGAAGGCUUUGCAGAGGAAGAAAAAGUCACCAGAUGUGAUUUCCCGCACAAGCUCCCAAGAGACUGUGUCCAUGGAGGGCUCACACCCUGCAGUGCCAGCGGAGCCUGGUACACUAAAGGCCAGUCUGGUCGCUAUGCCAGGCAUUGAUAAACUGACGGAGAAGUCCCAGGUAUCAGAGGAUGGCACCAUGGUGUCAGUCCCAAAGACAGACUCCCCACACACAGUCCACUCAGACCAAAGUGCAGUCGCUGGGACUAGCGACACUGAGUCAAACUCAGGCAGAGACAAUGAAGUAAGUGUGCUCUUACUGUGUAAACAUGUUUGUUUAAAUGUGCUGUAUAUGCAUAUUUGUACGUUUGUUUCUUCACAAUAUCAGGAUGUUUUCUACACCGAAGCUGAAAUGGAGAGAAGACGUUUGUCAAGUGCGUCUUCAACGUCCUUUUGGGCUCCAACACCAGAAUGGGUCCUCUCUUGGAAGUGUAAGCUCCCCCUGCAGACUAUCAUGCGUCUCCUACAAGUGCUAGUUCCCCAGGUGGAGAAGAUCUGCAUUGACAAGGGUCUGACAGAUGAAUCAGAGAUCCUGAAGUUUCUCCAGCAUGGCACAUUAGUGGGCCUGCUGCCAGUUCCUCACCCCAUCCUCAUCAGAAAGUAUCAGGCCAACGCAGGCACUGCCAUGUGGUUUCGCACCUACAUGUGGGGUGUCGUUUAUUUGCGCAAUGUGGACCCUCCUAUCUGGUAUGACACUGAUGUCCGCCUUUUUGAGAUCCAGAGGAUGUAAACAGAAGAUUUUUUGACUGAAAAUGAGAUUGCUCCUAAUCUAGGGUUACUCCUCCCUUCAGUAUCUGCUGGUUUCCUGGUAAACCUCACUGUGUUUAACUUUUCUUGUGAUCAUAAACCUUGCCUCUCACUCCACCCACUUUGGUUGAAGAGUCAUUCAGACGAGUGAGGGAGAGAUUCCUCUCUGAUGAAGGAAUUGUCAAUAUUGUCUGUAAAUGACUGUGUUUGUACAUUUCUUCAGACCUCAAGACCACAGAAUGUCUGUCAAAGCACUGAGACUACCAGAGCGUUCACUGGAGGCCGAGGCUCUUUUCUUGACAGCAUAGACAUGAAAGAGGAAAUACUGUUUAACUUUUUCGUCAGAUUUGUCAUAGAAGAUAUGGUGCUUUCCAGCAAAAGGCUUGUAACAUAUCUUGGUUGGCCCAAUAUUAGUGUUUUACGCUAUUUGUUGUACUUGCCAUGCUUUAAAGUGAACUUGCACCUUUUCGAAUUGUCUACUAUGGUUAUAGUUUACGUGAUGAUGUUUGGAGAUAAUAAUACAGACUGUAUGUUUUUAUGUAUAUGACCAGGUUUCAUUUUUGAUCUGGCCAGCUCUGCCUAAAAUACCUAAUGCUGAAAAUUGUAUUUUCCUUAAAAUUGUCCUAGAAAUAUAUAUUGAUAUGCAUCUGUGAAUUCUAUGUUGGUCACAUUACUGUACAAUGUGCUUUAUAUAUAUAUAUUCAACAUAUGUAAAUAGUUCAUAAAGACUGACAGUGGUUCUCACAAA